UCUACAGUGUACUGUACGUAGCUCGGUGAGGGGUCCGCUCAACCACCUACCCACACACCACCGCUCACACGACCACCACGCGCCGCCGCCGCCAUGCUCGACCCCUUCCCGAUCCCCCCUCCACGCUUCCUCGUGGCCGCGACCCAACCCUUCGCAAACGCCCUCGGCCUCCACUCGCUCCCGCUGCACGUCCACGAGGUCCUUUUCGCCGUCGCCCUCUACACCUUCACCCAGACCGUCUUGUCCCCGUGGCUCUCGAACCUCCUGUGUCCCGACACGUAUUCCAAGCUCAACCGACGCAACAAGCUGAACUGGGACGUGCACGUCGUCUCCUUCGUGCAGUCGUGUCUCAUCAAUGCGCUGAGCCUCUACAUCAUCCUCUUCGACGAGGAGCGCAAGGCAUGGCGCGCGCCUGAGGCGUGGGAGCAGCGCAUCUGGGGCUACCUUGGCGUUGGCGGGCUGGCGCAGAGCUUCGCUUUGGGCUACUUCCUGUGGGAUCUCUACAUUUGCUCCACGCAUGUCGAUGUCUUUGGCUGGGGUAUGCUGGCUCAUGCCGUCAGCGCUACUGCCGUCUUUGCCCUUGGCUACCGGCCGUUCAUCUACUUCUACGCGCCGGUAUUCUUGCUCUAUGAGCUCAGCAGUCCAUUCCUCAACGUUCAUUGGUUCUGCGAUAAGCUCAAUCUCACGGGAAGCAUGCUACAAGCGAUAAAUGGCGUAUUUCUCGUCGUCACCUUCUUUUGCUGUCGUAUCGUCUGGGGCCUGUGGAGCUCAUACUGGGUCUUCUCCGAUGCCUUCCACCCCAUCACCUCCGGUCGCGCCAACUUUGCAGCAGCGGUUCCUUUCGGCAAGGUCUACACGCACACCACCAGCGAGCUGCUCGCACUAUCCAAGGCGCCCGAGGCGCAACUUGCAGCCUUCAACCGCGAGCAAUACCUUCCCCUUUGGCUCCCGGCACUCUAUCUCGCGUCGAAUUUCGUCUUGAACUCCCUCAAUGUCUUUUGGUUCGGCAAGAUGAUUGAGACGAUCCGCACCCGCUUUGAUCCGCCUUUUGGAACCAAGGGUGUUGGCGCAGACAGCAAAGCACCUGCAAAGUCUACUCACCGUCGUCGCGAGUCAGUCCCGCAGCUCACCCCCGAAGGCGGCACGGUGGAGGAGGAAGUCGGAGGGCCGAAGAAGUCUCCCUCCAAAAACGGCAAGAGCAGCCCGGUCGUAGUAGAGGGGAAACACACCCCAAAAGCAAAGAAGGGCGGCAGUGUGAGCGCUGCACGAGCGAAAGCGGAGGAGGCGCUGAAUGGGCCAGUGGGACACGUGCAGGACACGAAGUUCGAGCGGCCAUUAGUGGACGAUGAGGUUCUGGAUGCGGAGGUCACGGGGUCUGCGCCGCGUACCGUGAGAAGCAGGCGAAAGGCUUAGAGGGCGUCGUUGGACAGCCUGAUGCUUCAGAUGGUAGUGGAGGGGCAUUAGUAGAGCGUUGUCAGAGUUGUUUAGGUGGAUGUGCUUGGACUUGCACAACGAUGGUUGAAGAGGUAGCGUACAGAGGAAGUGUACUUGGAUACAUGAAAUGCGCCCAGCUCUCAUGCAAUCUGCAAUCAAAGCAACGGCUGUGCUCAGCCGAGCACGCGGCUGACACGCGCUCACCCGCAAUCCAACCGCCUCAACUAGUGGCGUCAUGAU